AUGUUGGGGGGGGGCAAACUGAACUCAUCCUCAAACAGCAGGGACGAUGGCAAUAACGUUUUCCAAGGAAAAGGAGAGAAAAGUCUGACAGCAAGCAGUUCUAGUGUGAAAGAGCAUGGCAACUCAGUUUGCUUUAAAACAGAUGGCGAGGACCCAGGGGUUGGCUUGGAAGAUGCAGAGGGGCCCAGCAGACCGUAUGGAUUCAUGCAAAGGCAAUUCAGCUCGCUCUUACAACCAGGAGUCAAUAAAUUCUCCCUUCGUAUGUUUGGCAGUCAAAAGGCAGUGGAAAAAGAACAAGAAAGGGUUAAAACUGCAGGCGUUUGGAUCAUACAUCCCUAUAGUGAUUUCAGGUUUUAUUGGGACCUGAUCAUGCUUAUUAUGAUGGUUGGAAAUCUUGUGAUUAUACCUGUCGGAAUAACAUUCUUUACAGAACAAACAACAACUCCAUGGAUUAUUUUUAAUGUUGCAUCCGAUACAGUUUUUUUAUUUGACUUGUUUAUGAAUUUUAGAACUGGGAUUGUCAUUGAAGACAAUUCGGAGAUAAUAUUAGAUCCAAAAGUCAUAAAAAUGAGUUAUUUAAAGAGCUGGUUUGUGGUUGACUUCAUCUCAUCAAUUCCAGUGGAUUAUAUCUUUCUCAUUGUAGAGAAAGGAAUGGAUUCUGAAGUUUACAAGACAGCCCGGGCGUUACGCAUUGUGAGAUUUACAAAGAUCCUCAGUUUAUUGCGGUUAUUAAGACUUUCAAGAUUAAUUCGAUACAUCCAUCAGUGGGAAGAGAUUUUCCACAUGACAUAUGACCUGGCCAGUGCCGUGGUUAGGAUCUUUAAUCUCAUUGGAAUGAUGUUGCUGCUGUGCCAUUGGGAUGGCUGUCUUCAAUUUCUGGUACCAUUACUUCAGGAUUUCCCACAAGAUUGCUGGGUGUCCCUAAAUGGUAUGGUUAAUGAUUCCUGGGGAAAACAAUAUUCAUAUGCACUCUUUAAAGCCAUGAGCCAUAUGCUAUGCAUUGGCUAUGGAGCCCGCGCUCCUGUCAGUAUGUCUGAUCUGUGGAUUACUAUGUUGAGUAUGAUUGUGGGAGCCACCUGCUACGCCAUGUUUGUUGGGCACGCUACAGCCUUAAUCCAAUCUCUAGAUUCUUCACGUCGACAAUAUCAAGAAAAGUACAAGCAAGUGGAACAAUACAUGUCAUUUCACAAAUUGCCUUCUGAUAUGCGGCAGAAAAUACAUGAUUAUUAUGAGCAUAGAUACCAAGGCAAGAUAUUCGAUGAAGAUAAUAUUCUAAGUGAACUGAAUGAUCCUUUAAGGGAGGAAAUAGUGAAUUUCAACUGUAGAAAGCUUGUUGCUACAAUGCCUCUGUUUGCUAAUGCAGACCCAAACUUCGUCACAGCAAUGCUCAGUAAACUGAGAUUUGAGGUUUUCCAACCCGGUGAUUACAUUAUUCGAGAAGGAGCAGUAGGAAAGAAGAUGUAUUUUAUUCAGCAUGGUGUUGCUGGGGUCAUUACCAAAUCCAGCAGAGAAAUGAAAUUGACAGAUGGAUCUUAUUUUGGAGAGAUAUGCCUUCUGACAAAGGGACGACGGACUGCCAGUGUCCGAGCGGAAACUUACUGCCGUCUCUAUUCACUUUCUGUGGAGAAUUUCAAUGAAGUCCUGGAAGAGUAUCCUAUGAUGAGAAGAGCGUUUGAAACUGUGGCCAUAGACAGACUAGACAGGAUAGGGAAGAAGAACUCAAUUCUCCAGCAAAGAUUUCAAAAGGAUCUCAACACAGGAAUAUUCAACAACCAGGAGAGCGAGAUACUGAAGCAGAUUGUGAAGCAAGACAGGGAGAUGGUGGAAGGCAUUCCAUCAGUUAGCUACCAACAAAGGCCCAUUCUAAAUUCUAGUACCAGUUCAUCAUUGAGGAUGAGGACUCAAUCUCCUCCUGUUUAUACUACAAAUAGUCUAUCUCAUGGAAACCUGCAAUCUCCAACACCAAGUCCACAGACACCUCAACAAGCUGCUAUGUUGUCACCAUCCUCUUUCACUGCUGCAGUGUGUAGUCCUACUGUACAGAGUCCAUUGGCAUGUCGAACUUUUCAUUAUAGCUCACCCACUGCCUCACAACUUUCAUUAAUUCAGCAACAACAGCAGCAACAACAACAACAGCAGCAGGCAUUUGGCUCAAUACAGAAUAAUGAAGUUCAAAGGAGCAGUCAAGCUCUACAGAACUCCAACCUAACAAGAGAAGUGAGGCCUCUUUCUGCUUCACAGCCUUCUUUGCCCCAUGAGAUUUCUCCUCUAGUAGUUAAACCACAUCCAACAGUGGGAGAAUCUUUAGCUUCACUCCCCCAACCUGUAUCAAGUGUGCAACCAACAGGUACUCAAUCUGGAAAUCGGAGCAAUGUUCCUCAAAGGGUUGCUCUAUUUCGCCAGAUGUCGUCAGGAGCUCUACCUCCUGCAAGAGUUGGAACACCAACCCAAGCACCACCAGCUUCAUCAACAAGCAAGGAUUCCUCCACAAUUUCAAAUACAGACACAGACACAGAAAAACCACGCUAUUCUUCAAAUUUAUGAUGCCUCUUACCUGUACAUAAUGACAGCACUGUAAUAAAAUGAAACUAUCCCAAAAAAAACUCUUUUAAGCUAUAGAUUCCUAGUAACUAUUAUGAAGAAAUAUUUUAGAAGGUUCUACCUUACAUAAAGAAUGUAAAAAUAAA